UGCCUCUGUGCCCCUCGUUUGUCCAAAUCCUUGCUGCCCCCACGCCCGCCCGCGCGAAGUCCCCCGGCCUGAGGAGCUGGGCACCCCCCGACUGCAGGGACCAUGUUCUACUACCCCAACGUGCUGCAGCGCCACACCGGCUGCUUCGCCACCAUCUGGCUGGCAGCUACCCGGGGCAGCCGGCUGUUGAGGCGCGAGUACCUGACGGUGAACGUGGUGAAGACCUGUGAGGAAAUCCUCAACUAUGUGCUCGUGCGAGUUCCACCCCCCAAGGUGGGCCUGCCGCGUCCUCGCUUCUCGCUCUAUCUCUCAGCCCAGCUCCAGAUCGGGGUGAUCCGGGUCUACUGCCGGCAAUGCCAGUACCUCGUCGAGGACAUCCAGCAUGUCCUGGAGCGCCUGCACCGCGCCCAGCAGCAGAUACGCAUCGACAUGGAGGAGCCCCAUCUCCCCAGUCUGCUUCCUAACUGCCUGACCAUGAUGGAGGCCCUGGAAGAUGCCCCAGACCCCUUCUUUGGCAUGAUGUCCAUGGAGCCCAGACUUCCCAGCCCCUAUGACAUCCCUCAGAUUCGACACCUCUUAGAGGCUAAAACUCCAACAAGACCUCUUGAUGAGACCCUUCAAGAAGUCCCUUCAGAACCUAGGAAGUUAGACAGGACCCUGGUGUCUCCUGAGACCAUCACCAUGCAGGAAGAGGAGCCCAUACGCGUGCUGCCCAUAGAGGGUGAGCGGGACCUCCCAGAGGUCACCAGCAGGGACCUGGAGCUGCUGCUCGCUGAGGAGGAUGAAGCCCUCCUGCUGGAGGAGCAGUUGCGAGGCAGGCUACCCCAAGUGUCCAGGGCCAGCCCGACAUUGGACGAGUCCAAGGAGGAGCCCCGGGCCAUGGAGAGGGAAAGCAUAGUCCCUCCACUUUCACCCCCAGCCCUCACACAGAUCGAGGAGGCUGCAAAGCUACUUCCAGGACAGGUCUUGGACCUGGAGGAGCUGAGGCUGACUGGCUGGGAACCAGGAGCCCCCCUUCUUGAGGUGACGCCCCCGCAGAAGCUGCAACUGCCGGCCCCUCUCAGCCCAGAGCGGAGAAGGCCCCCAGCUUCCCCACCUCCUGCCCGUCGUCGACGCCGACGCCGCCAGUUACUCUUCUGGGACAAGGAAACACAGAUCUCCCGGAAGAAAUUUCAUGAACAAUUGCAAACUAGAGCCCACUGCCAGGAGUGUCCCAUGGUACAGCCUCCUGAAAAGACUCUCAUAAACCCAGCAGAACUGUUCAGCACCCCGACUUACUCUGGCUGGCUACCCCCAGAGCUACUGGCCUUUUGGACCCGCUGUGCCCAGCCACCCCCAAGAGCGCUCCAGCGAAGGCCACCACAGGAGCCUGAGGAGGUGGCAGCUGAGGAGGAAAGGAGGAAGACUGAGACUCUGAGUGAUAUUGAGGUACUGAGGGAGGCUCAGGAGCCCAGUGGGCCCCUCAUGCUCUCAUCAGAGCUGUCACUGGAAGCAGCAGAAGAGGACAAGUCCCGCACCAGCUUAGCCCCACUGGAGGAGCGGUGGCCCUGGGCUGAGGCGGAGCAGCCAGAAGCCCCCCCACUGCCUGUGGUACCUGAACUCCCAGAGGUGCCCAUGGAGCUCCCCCCAGAGCCUGAGCUGCUCUCGCUGGAGGCUGUGCACAGGGCAGUGGUGCUACAACUGCAGGCCAAUAGGGAACUGGACUUCAGUGGCCUUGUGUUACCUCUCAGCUCCCGCAGGAUGGCCGCCCGGGUCUUCUCCCUGCUAUUGGUGCUCCUGGCACAGCAGAUCCUCAGUGUGGUACAAGAGACGCCAUACGGGCGCCUUCUGAUCAAGCCGGGGCCCAGAUUCCAUUGUGGAUAAAGCCUAUUCCCAAAGCCGCUGAGAAAUCAGCUCCAUUAAACUAUGUUCUGCCUGCCCUGA